UGAACAAUUCGCGCCCAAAAACCGUAUUAUUCGCCCAUUUUGAAACUUUGAUAUCCCAUUCCGAGGUGGUUGGAUGAAUGAAUAAUUAUCUGCCGCUGGUACAAAACGAAUCUUUUUCCCGGGAAUAUCCCUCUUUCCCCGGAGACACUUUGCAGGAGGUUGCACACCACUCGCCGAAUCCACCUCCAAUUUAUAUAAGCCGUGGCAACCUCAACCCCGGAACUCUUAUAAUAAUUCCACGAUUCCCCACCCUUGAGAAAGCCGCGCGCGCGAUGUUCAUUUCAUUAUUUUUUUUCCUUCUUCACCGCCUUUGGUCCCUCUUCCUCGAGCAUCGCCAACGUCGUAUACCCUUCGUCGCGUCUCGUCACCGCCACAGCCCCUCUCUUUCCCUCAUCUACCACCCCCGUGAGCCCCUUUUGCACACGAGGCAACCCACCACCAUCCACGCUGAGAGGGUGAUAAGUCGUGACGUCGACGAGGUAGAGGUGAUUCCGAAGGGUAGGCGUGGCCGUGGCAUCCCACCCUCCGCAAAGGGGUGCGAGGGGUCGAAUCGAGAGGAAAGGGUGGCUCGCGGUACGCUCUCGUUGGCUGUACUACCCUCCACCACCACGUGGCGCGGGCAACGCCGCUGGUGGACGCCACUAUAGAGGCUGGAAAAUCGUGUAAGAAAAAGCCGGAGAACCAUCGCCGAUGGAACCACCCCUCCUGUUUUUAGGGCCUUUCUACGCGACGACGAUUCUACUUAAGCUCCCAAAUAUGUUCCCGACUACCAACCUUUCUAAACCACCCACCCUUGUUACCUUCUCUCUCUACGCCAGCGUAGCUCGUUUACUUCUUUUCUACCCGACUAUUGUUAUUUUCGUGUGUUUCGAUGACUCGUUGGAGGAGUACGUGCGCCAACGGGAUAUCGCAAGGCGUAGUUCGCGUGCCCGUCUCCGACACGAUCGAUCAAGAUUUAGUGUAGUUCGCGUACGCUGUCUCUGUUUCUUCGACGCGGAAGCGGUCAACGUACACGGACAACGUCCGAUUCCGGGGAUCGUUGUGCUCAUUAAUUUGAUUAACCUUGCCGACAUUUCCGCCGGACGAACGCGACGACUUCUGUGUGUGUGUCGCGUGGCUGGAUGCGUAUACGGACGAAAAUCAGAUUUCGGAUAAUCGAAUGCCGAUACUUACGUGAUUUCGUAUCAAGGCUAUUGAACAAAAAACUCAAUUCUUACGAAGAAUUAAAUUUCCGUUUAAUGUUUUGCGAUUUCUAUUUAAGAUCUGUAAGGAAAGGUAAAAAAAAAGUGUUAAUGGAGGUAAGCAGCCGAGUUGGUUCGGCCGGCAGAUCGAUCGUGGACGAUCGCCAAGUCGGUUGAUUAUUAUUAAUAGUAUUAUUAUUAUUAUUAUUAUUAUUAUAACGGUUAUAAUCAUACACCCAGGCAGCGUAAUCGUUAUAAUCGUUAUAGCGGCGGUUUAAAGCAGGAGAAAAGUGGCCGGCGAAGCAAUUAUACCUACAAGAAAAUCACAUUGGGCGAAACGAUCUCGUACAACACGUACGUUCACGCGCGCGCACGCUGCCGCGUAUGUACAGCAUCAGUGUGUUACCAGCAAUAGACGGGCCACGGUACCUAACCACGCCGAUAAAACGGCACACGUACAUCCGCGGCGUCGAUAGUAGUGAGAGAUAAUAAUGUUGAUAAGGGUGUAGAGAGAACCGCUCGGCAACCCCUACUGGCUCCGGUGGCUAAACCGAACGAAUAUAAGAGCGAAAAGGACAUAGCAAAACUGUGCGCGCAGUUGUGUAGCGUGUAUGUAUGUGUAUCUGGAAGGGGCGAGAAGAAGAAGGAUACAGAGGGUGAGAGCAAGCAAGAGGGAGUAAGAACGGGGUGAAAGAAAGAGAGAGGGAGAGAGAGAGAAAACACGCGUGGUAGUCAGAGGGGUGAGUAGGCGUGGCUAUGGACUACCCUCGAAGCAGCCGAUUGGACGGACCGUUGGUCUGCUUCGUCAAAUAAAAUCCAAUCGUUAGGACCAAAGGAAUGCGAGUCUCCUAGCUUUUUUCCUCCCUUGCCACUUGGCAAGCCACCCCUGCCUCUGUACUGUGCACCGUGGCCUUCCCACUCCAUUCCUUCUUCUCCGGAGCUCCGUCCCUUUCCCGCCUUCUCCGUCUCCCUUCCGUUACCUUUAAAGGGGGUGCGCGCAGCGCCGUUUGAUGGGAGUAUGAUUUUAUUACGGCAUUACCGAGCGAGCCAAACCCCGAAUUGCUCGGCUUAUAGUCUGUAUUAUCUCACCUAAGAGGGAAGAGGAGGGGCGGUUUGCACGCCGGUUUUCUCCAAGAGGUGGAACGGUAUCGAGAAGGGGCAAGGGUACAGAGUAACACACUCCCUUCUCCCUUCUACACCCUCUUCUACCUAUAUACCCACAAGCCACUGGCUAUACGUUAAAGGGGGCUGUUUCGUGAAUCCCGCUUCACGGGGAAGGGGCAACACAGCUAGCUAUAUGCCUUUGUCGGCUUUCAUUCGAGGGUUGCACGCUCUCACGUUGCGCUGCCACACUCUGGGCACCCCUUCUUUCUCUCUCUCUCUGUCUCUCUCUCUAUCCCUCUCUCUGCGCUCGCAUGCACGUCAGUUGACAUUCCGCUGCCGAAAUCGCACGUUCUUCCACGACGUAACCACCUUCGUGACAGUUCCGUGGCGGUUGAUUACUUGCGAAGUGAUAUGACACGCGUCUACGGUUCUAUCGAACGUUUCUGUGAUUUUUGAGUGAGACCAUGCCAUGCUCCGCGGUCGCGUGCUUCGAUUAACGCAUCGAUCCGAGGCGAGGACUCGGACAUACGCACGAAUGGAUCGAGGGACGAUAUAGUGAUGUUCGUUUAGUCACUGCUGGUUUUGCAAAGAUGACGAAGAUACGCGUGUAAUGUCGAUUUCGAAUAUCGUGGGAGCUAUCGAUGCUGUUUACGCUGGCUGGAGCCGGAGAACUCGAGGACUUCGUUGAUCUUUGCUUAGAUAGAAAGCAACGAGUGUUAAAUUGUGUAUAAAGCUCUUGAGUAGAUAGUAGUUGUAGAAACUACGACUUUAAUGUAUAAUACAUUUGAUACAAGUAUCAGAUUGAGUGAACGAAAGAAAAUGUAUUUGUGAUCCAUAUCAGCUCAAAUAUUAUUAUCGAUUGUCAAAGACAAUACCAUUAUUGCAAGGAGAACAAUACGAUUCUGUGAUCGAAACAGAAGACCAAUCGGUGGAAACGAAGUUUGGGGGGAAGAGGGGAGGGACAGCCGUGGUAUGUUUCCUUCGUCAGCGGCGAUGCUGAAGAAUCUGCAACAAAGUGCAAUGACCUCGCCGUUUUUGAUGGAGAACUUGCUCCAGAGCAAGGCGUCGCCCGGUGCCGAUUUAACCAGCUUGACCUUGAACUGGGCGGCGAGUCUGGUAGCGAGACAGCGGGAACGAGAAUGCGAGGCGAACCUAAGGAUCUCCAGGGAGAAGGUUUCGCCGUCGAGUGCAAAUCAGGAUCAGCUGGAUCAACGAUCCUCCACCGGUGCACGUGGCUCGGAUCGUGGAAGUUCGAUGAUCGACUGCAGGGACCAUCAACGAGGAUCUUCCGGGAGGAUCGAUCGACAGAACGAUCGCAUGCACAUUCUACGGGAGAAGGACGGUAUGGAGAGGAGUCAGAUCACGUACGUGGACGUGGACAACGAGAGAAUCGACGGACACGUAAUCGUGGAUCGUUUAUGCGCGAUGGAGAGGCUCUGUAACGAGAGGAUCGAGAACCGAUCAAGUUCCGCGGUGGACUCGUGCAACUCGAACGUCGACGAGGAUCCGACAAGUAUCGAGAUGGACGGAGGACUUCAAGGCGAGAGGGAAAAGGACGAUGGAAUUCUAGGAGGUGAACGCGUGACGGCAUUACAGCCGGACAGGCGGUACGACCUUGGAUGCAGAAACGUCAUGCACACGUCCGAUGAGAUGACGAUUCAAGGGGAGAGAGACGUGGCGGUCGAGCGUGUCGUCGACAGGAUAGGUGAGAGAACGACCGCCUGUUCCUGCGGCGACGAGCAGUGCUUAGGACCCGCAUGCAGAACCAUCCAGGAGAAGGAGAAGCCGCAGCUGAAGUUCAGCGUCAACGCUAUACUUGGCGGCAAUCAUGACAGGCGACCGCAUUCGGAGAAUUUUCAAGGACUUCCGCCGGAAGCGAUACCGGCGUUCUUGCAGAAUUUACAAAAUUCUGCGAGUUACAGUAUCGCGAAACCGAUCGCCAGACCAGCGGCUUAUCAUCCUUAUCACAGGCCGAGUCAUCAGCCACCUCAGCGUCAUUUACCCCCGAAUGCGCACCACACGUUGCAACAAUUGUUCUACAGGGGACCCUACUUAACAGUUGCGGGUUCUGGAACUGGAGGUCAUCAUCCGGGUGCUCCAGGUGGUGGGACAGCGUUUCCAGGUGCGAUUCAAGGUGGGCUGGGUGAUUUCACGAGCACUGGCCUGGUAUUUCCAUGGGCAACAAACGCACGUGGAAAACCUCGUCGAGGAAUGAUGAGAAGAGCGGUUUUCUCGGACCUUCAAAGACGUGGCCUUGAGAAAAGGUUUCAGAUACAGAAGUACAUCAGCAAGCCGGAUCGUAAGAAAUUGGCUGAAAAGCUCGGCCUGAAGGAUUCCCAGGUGAAGAUUUGGUUCCAAAAUCGGCGAAUGAAAUGGAGGAAUAGCAAAGAGAGAGAGUUGCUAGCAACCGGAGGUUCUCGAGAGCAAACAUUGCCAAACAAGAACAAUCCGAAUCCUGACUUAAGCGACGCGGAUGGAGACAGGCCGAGGAUGGACUUGAGCGACGUGAGUCCUUUAACGAGUCCUCAACGGCCGGAAGAACAAACAGAGAACGAAGAAGACGAGGAGAUCAAUGUCACGUGAUGAAAUUCCAGUGAACAUCCUGAUAUAAACGUGUUCGUUUGAUGAGACACGAUCGUGACUCAUGAUUCAGGAUUAAAAACGACGAACAAUUAUCAGGCAGUGAAAGUGUAUGAAAAACACAUCUGGUGAAUUUCAAAGGAAGUUUCACUACCGCUUAAAUCAUAAUCAAAAUGUGUCUGUUCGAUGAAAUAAUAAUGGUUCAUUACAGAUUCGGGACUCACAGGAGAAAAUUCGACGAUUUAGACUAUAAUUGAGGAUAAAAGUUUUGAUCGGUCGAGGUCACUAAGUUAUUUAUGACAUCUAAUUAUUUUAUAUAUUGAGAAAUGUAAAAGAUUGCGUUUAAAUUGACUAUGAAUCUUCAAUAUACCAAUACAUUAUAUAAGAAAAAGGAAUAAAGAGCAAUAUUGAGUCAUGUUUGGUAGAUGUAACUUGCAGUUAAAGUGACCUUGAAUGUAUGAAAGCAUUCUAUAAUUUAUCCGUGAUAUUCUUAUGGAACUUGAAAAAAACGUUCGUGAGAGUGAUAGAUUCUCCUGUGCGUAUCCUAAGAUUUAGAGCUUUUAAAUGAUUUCCAAUCUUUUAACCGUAAUACAAUCUUUGUAUUUAGCAAUUGCAACAUUAUCUUUUUUAACGGUGAAGCUCAUUUUUGUGUAGAUGUAAUUUUACUUUUUGCGAUCUGUGAACACAUCUUCCAAUAACUAGAUGAUGUAAAACAAUCAGAAAUAUAUGACACGAUGAAAAUCGUAACAGAAUUGUGACAAAAUAAUUUCCUAGAACAAACAAUUUAAAUUUAGAGAAGUUUUAUAAUUAAAGAAAAAAAUAUUUAAACAAAUAAGCAAAGUUUCCUUAAAUUAUGCCUUACAUUGUUUAUUAAAAUUGCAUAAAAUGAAUGCCCGAUUUUUAUCGCGCCUCGAAUUUUUCAAGUCUAAAUAAUUUUUAAGAGACAAAAUGAACGAACAAAGUUAAUUCAUCGACAAUUUUGCGACAGCAUUGUAUACAUGUUCCAUUGUACUAUGUUCGAUUCGCGAAAGUGGAUCUUAUAACAUAUAUAAAUUAAAUCUACGAUGAAAAGCUUGAAGAUAAGAAAUUGAGUUGUAUAAAAGGUACUGUCCUAUGAGACAUUCAAAAUAUUUUCUGAAUAACUUUUUACUUUAUGGCAUAACAUCAACGAUAUCUUGAUAAUGUAAUUAUAAAAAUUAAUUUGUAUCACCAGAAAUAUUUGCCGUAAUAACAUAUAUGUAAAUUGAAUUUAAAUACAUUUCUGUUUAAAUUAUUGAAAUUUCUGUGUAAAUUUUUAUCUCUCGAGGAAGUUUCGGUAUAAUGGAAUUUCCACUAAAUCGAGAAAUGUAUUAUAUUGUAAGUAGAAAUGGAUGUAAGUUUGCGUAAUUUUCAGUAAGGUAUCGUAUAAGGUUGUACUAGAUAUAACGUUACGAUAACUAAGAUAUGUACCUAAGGUUUAAGGAUCAUGCUCUCGGGCAUCAAAAAAAC